AGGAUCGUCGUUUUUACGUAUCGAUCUGACAGUUGUCAAAAUAAAAGUUGUUUUAAAAGUGCUUUUUUAAAUUAAAGGAUAUUUUAAUGGGUAGGAGAAGCAGAUCAAAAUCACCUUUUAAUUCCAGAAGACGCGAUAGAGAUCGAGGGGAUAAGGAAAGGGAUAGAGAACGUGACCGGGAUAGAGAGCGAGAUAGGGAUCGGCACAGAAGAAAACGAUCAAGAGAUAGGUCGCGAGACAGGGAAAGAAGACGCUUUUCACAUGACAGGGAUGUACGUAGGCGCUUUUCCCGUUCCCGUUCUAGAAGUAGGUCGAGAUCCACGGAAAAAAGAAACAAACCUGUUAUUCCCGAAAGACCAGUCAUCACUGCCGCCGAUUUAGAAGGAAAAAGUGUCGAUGAACAGGAAAUGAUGAAGAUGAUGGGCUUUUGCACUUUUGACACUACUAAAGGUAAAAAAGUUGAGGGGAAUGAAGUGGGUGGUGUUCAUGUUAUCUUAAAAAGAAAAUACAGGCAAUACAUGAACCGUAAAGGCGGUUUUAACAGGCCCCUUGACUUUGUUGCUUAAAAUCUUAUGACUAAGUGAUUACUGUGAAAUGUUGGACAAUUUCUUACCUCAGAACUGACAACCUCAAACUUAUCGGGUUAAGCAAAAUAAAUUUACCUCAUAUUGCAAUAGAUACAAUACAAUAGCUUACAAUACAAUUUUAAUGGUUAACUUUUAAGUAUAAUAAAUGUUAUAAAUCUCAUACAGUUCAUCGAAGAGUAUGAAACUCAUUCAUACUCUUUGGUCUUUCCUUCGAACAGGAAUGUUUGUUGGCGAUACGGGUUCACAUUGUCAGUAACUGUUAUAAUUGUUCAAUUUAUAUUAUUUUCAUUAUUUACAUAAUAAAUAAUUACAGUGAUAUAUUCAUCAAACAGUUAGAAUAAGUUUAUUUCUGAAUAUUUACUUAUAUUUAUAAAUAAAAGAAUACA